GCUAGUUUCACAUUGCCGUAGUGAGGAUGAUUUAUAGAUAAAUGUUAAAUUCAAAUAGCUGGUCCUUUUCGUCAAUGAAGUCGUAUUUCUUGACAUAAAAAGGUUGAAUCUCGAAAAAUAAUACUCGAAUAACGUAUUAUCUGCAUCGAUAACGGAAGAAUUCACGAAGAUGCCAAUAUCCAAUAAAAAAAUAGUGUCGAGAGGUUAGGAAUGUUUAUUGACAACAACUUGCUGGUCAAAUAGAUUCCAUGACACUUCUACCACUAAAAUCGUCGUCAAAGAAUUUUGACAAGAUGAUUAGAAAAAAGUUUCACAUAAAACUAAACAUUCCAACAUUAUUAAUUCUAAUAUGUAUCACUCUUUUGUGCGUGCAUUAUUUGCCUUCCACAAAGUGUUCAUCCAAUAUGCAAGAAUUGAAAAGCAAGUCGAAAUUUAGGCUCGUGAUACUCAUACUCUCCAUGCCUGAUAAUUUAGAGCAGAGAGCUGUAAUUAGAAAAACUUGGCUGGGGCAAAAAUAUGCUACCAUCGAGCAUCUGUUCGUAAUAGGAACCUUAGAUAUACUACCAGAGCAACGAGAAACUCUUCAAUCCGAGAAACACAAAUUCAAUGACUUGCUUCUACUGCCAAGAUUACCAGACGCAUACGCGACUCUGACAAAAAAGGUUUUAUAUGCGUUUAAGGAGGUCUACGAGCAUUAUGACUUCAAUUUCUUGAUGAAAUGCGACGACGAUUCGUUUGUUCUGGCGAACAAGAUUCUGAAGGAGUUAGAUAAGUGGGAAAGCAAAGGCACAAGGCGGGAAUUAUAUUGGGGUUUCUUCAAUGGAAAGGCCCAAGUCAGGAGAAGCGGACCUUGGAAGGAAACAGAGUGGAUACUAUGCGAUUAUUAUCUUCCAUAUGCACUGGGAGGUGGAUAUGUUCUGUCAUACAAUCUAGUGAAGUUCAUCGCAUCGAACAUGGACGUUCUCAAAUUGUACAAGGCAGAAGAUGUGUCUGUUGGUCUUUGGCUAGCCCCGUUAGCAAACAUCGAAAGGAAACACGAUGUACGUUUCGAUACGGAAUACAGAUCCCGUGGAUGUUCUAAUCAGUACAUUGUUACACACAAACAGACUAUUGCUAGCAUGAAAAAUAUGUUUGAAUAUUUCCAAGCAUCCGGAGCGCUGUGCGCAAAAGAAACAAGAAAUCGUAUGAGCUAUCAUUAUAAUUGGACAGUUCCGCCUAGUCAAUGUUGCAAUGUGCAAUCUGGUAUUCCUUAAUGAACAAAUUUUCUUUGUUUAUCUACUCUAGUCAUUACUUUUUUAAACUAUACAUAUUUAGAGUAUAUCGGUAAGUAUGGAUUUU